AUGAAGCCCUCACCGACCUUGUGCCAUCGCGUGCGCUUCACCACCAAGCAGGUUGGUCGCGGCUUCUAUCGGGGUACUCGUACUGGAGCCAUGGGUGCACACACAGAAUGGGGAGGUUACCUUAUCGACUGGCGCAGAGUGCGGCACUACAACGUCCCAGACCUCAAGGAUUUUAAACUCACCCCUUUCGUAACGAGCGAAAUGGACCCUACGCCGCGCUGGCAUCGCACCGAGACGGGCGAGAAGACGGAACCAAAGCUUGUGGAUGGUAUCGAAUACCUUUGGGACUGGAAAAAUAAGAACUACCAAGAGUAUGAUGAGAUUAUACAGUAUCAGGCGGAACAGGCACGGUCGCUUGUACAGGAGCCUGCCACGACUGGCAAUGGCUCAGCAGAAGAUCUCAUGGUCGCUGAACCAUCAACGGCGGAGGCUACAAGCGAGAAAGCCGAGCCUUCAAGGUCGGUCAACCCGUGA